CAGUAAUACUCAACGCUUAGACCACACUUAACUGGAAAAGCCUGAUUAUUCAUACAGCAUGUCUUUCGCUCAAGCACCACCCCCCGGAUUGGAAUCCGUCAACACGAACGGCACCAUUCGCCCUCCCCCUGGCUUGGGCUUCUCUGCUGAAUCUCUACCACCAAACAAGCGUUGGGUACACUCUCGAAGUGAGGCUGGAGCCAACCCACUUUCCACUCUAACCUACGACUACAAGAUUAAGGACUUUCUCAACAAGGGAGCCAGCGCCAAUGUAUACCUCGCCCAGAGAGUGCCUGUCCAUGGGCCUUCGUAUAGCAGAGUCAUCGAGAUGGUGGCUUUGAAGCAGAUCGAAAAAACCAGCAAGAACAUCCGUCUAACCCGCAACGAGGUCGAACUACACAGCAGUGUACACCAUGAGAAUAUCGUCGACUUCAAGCAGUACUUCGAAACCACUGAGCACUAUGUAUGCGUCCAAGAACUGAUGAGAAGCGAUAUGUUUGAGUUUCUGACAGCCCCCAAGCAAGAGAUUAAGACGGACGAGGAUAUCCUGGAGAUUGUUAAGGAUGUGAUAAAGGGAUUGAACUACAUGCACUCAGAGGGUAUUGCCCACAGAGACGUCAAGCUUGAAAACAUUGGCAUCAGCUACCAGAAGGUCAACCGCACACUAAUUUGCAACUCGGAUGAAGAGAACGAAGACGAUUCGAAACGGACCCAGGCCAAGCUUAUGGACCUUGGUUUGUCUAUCCGCCUUAGACCAGGCAUGCUAGUCAGGGAUGGAGUGCCAGGUACAGUUGAAUAUGCAGCACCAGAGUUGGUUGGGAACGUAGAUGAUCUAGACCUAUCUUAUGAUCACAAUAGCAACCCCCACGAACACGCCUUUGCCAAGGCCGACAUGUGGGCUGUGGGUAUUCUGCUCUAUCUACUAGUAUCUAACAAGACCAACUGCCAGUUCCCCUGGGCUCGUGCACACACUUCGGAUAAGUCUUACAGAGGUUUCCUGCGCGGAAGCAACAGGUGUUUCGAUGCCAUCGACGAGUCACAACCCGUAUACAGAGCACUAUUCGACGGACUGUUGAAUCCAGAUUCCAAGGCACGUUUGACCUCUGCGGAGGCUCUAGAGAUCAUUGAGCUGCACACUCGCAGACGUGCCGUGCCGAGUGUGAUGCACCGACUCACAGCAAUGGCCAAGAGGUCCAACUACAAGUAUGUGAUCUCAGCACCCCGAAAGGUGGUCACUGAGGUGCGCCAGAAGCGCAAGAAUGAGAGCUCCACCUACACCUCUACUGCGAAGAAGCAGAAGGCCACCCACACAGUGGCCCACAUAGUCCACACAGUGGUAUCCCGUCCGCAGCUGGUGUCUUGGGCCACAGACUUGAGCUCAGAGUCUGUGGGUGACAACCCCAACACCUCCGAAGGGCGACGGUUGAGUAUUGAACUCCGGUGCACGGACAGCACGGACAGCACGGACAUAAGUGGAGGAGAGGGAUCAACCUCAGAUGAAGAUAUCAUCACACACACGUCGACCUCGGCUAAGAAGGACCUGCGAUGUGUACAUCCGCCUCUUGCACUGCCACUGAAGAGAGCGGAGCAUGAAUGCAGCUCUGAGAGUUACACUCCCAGAACGACAGUGGAAUUUGAAGUACAGACAUUCCAGGCUACUGAGUCGGCCACACCAACUCAGACGCGCAACGAAAGCAAGUAUAGGUUCUACUAGCUAUGUACACUACGUACACUACAUCUAUGGGCGUAUACAUCCCGCGAACAAAUAGUAUAAGACUUAAGAAAUAUUAUAAGCCCCGGAGUUGUGCUUCGCGAGGGCGUGCGGAAAGGGAAAAGGAAAAGGUAAUAGGAAUAGGGAAUGUAGAUAAAUAUAGAUAUUGAGUUGAACUCUAUCUGAAAUGUAAAAACAUCCGCCGAUAUAGACAGUCGGCGAAGGACUCGAAAAAAUAAAAGAGAAAAAACC